AGUCAUAAAAGCCCAACCUCUCUAUUUUUAUGUACCCUUCAUUCACAUUCUUUUCUAGCUACCACAAGACUAGUUAUCAUGAAUGAACAAAUCAACAUAGUGAGUCUAGCCCAAGACUACCUCCCUUCAUCUUCCACCACCACCACUUCCACCUCCUCCUCCACUUCCUCCUCCUCAUCCUCCUCCGCCCCUUUUUCGUCUACUUUGGAUGGUUUAAAUCGAAGUACAAAGAGUCUAAAAGAGUCCAAGGCUCAAAAAGGCUUAAAGAGAGCCAAUGAAGAGGCGAAAAAUGGCGAUGAGCAUAUGAAGAAGCACAAAAAUGGUGGUGAUGAGAAGCAUCCGACUUAUAGGGGAGUAAGGCUGCGAAAUUGGGGGAAAUGGGUGUCUGAAAUUCGCGAACCAAGAAAGAAAUCAAGAAUAUGGCUUGGGACUUAUCCAACGGCUGAAAUGGCUGCUCGAGCCCACGAUGUGGCUGCUCUAGCUAUCAAAGGUAAAUCAGCAUAUCUCAAUUUUCCUGAAUUGGCUCACGAGCUUCCACGCCCCGCCACCACCUCACCCAAGGACAUCCAAGCGGCUGCUGCCAAGGCCGCGGCUGCCACAUUCCCCGGUGAAGUUGAUCAAGCCGAGGUGAGCCAAGCCACGCUUUCCAGUUCUCACUCCUCAACCACUUUGUCGUCAUCAGAUAACACACACGAGUCAUUGAACUCUCCAUCCAACGGCGAUGAUGACACGUUUUUCGACCUACCUGAUCUCUCACUUGACAGCACGGAUCGAAGUGAUGGGUAUUGUUACUAUGCUUCAUCAUGGCAGCUGGCUGGAGCCGAUACAGGUUUCCGGCUCGAUGAGCCGCUUUUAUGGGACUGCUACUAGUAGUACUACUAGUGAAAUUUCUCAUGUCAAAAGAACUAACUUUCAAGUUGAUUGCAUAUGGUUACAAGUUCAGUUAGAAUGCCAAUGUGGAAAGUGAUGAUGAUGUUUAUAUCUUGAAAAAAUUGAGUUUGGUUU